GUACAAACAGUACAAACUGUCACUUUAUUAUUUUUAUGACAUACAUUGACUGACAGAAAAAGAAAACAGUUAUAUUUUGUUAUCAUUGUUGAAAUAUACAGUAGAGAAUUUGUUUUAAAAAAUGUCAUACAUUUUGUUAAGGAAAACCUUCAAUUCCCAUCGCUCAAGACUGCAGGAGAAAUUAACUCUGCUGGUUCUUCUUCAACAAACGAGGGACCAAUCAACAGAGAAAAAGCCAAAGACUACCGACGAGUAUGAAUUCAUUCAUAAAAGCAAACUACCCACAAUGCACUUUCAGGCGUCCUUGCCUCGUUUGCCAGUUCCGAAAUUGGAAGACACUUGUCGACGAUAUUUGAACGCACAAAAACCUCUACUGAGUGAAGAAGAAUUUACAAAAACAAAAUCCUUCGUAGACAAAUUUUUGAAGAGUGAAGGACAAACAUUCCAAAAAGAAUUACUAGCGACAGAUAAAAGAAAUUCUCACACCAGUUAUAUCAGCGAAUAUUGGUUCGAUAUGUACCUGAGAGAUCGAAGGCCAUUGCCAAUCAAUUACAAUCCAAUUUUAGUUUACAAUCAAGAGACUGACGAACGCUACAAUGAUCAACUGGUGAAAGCCACGAAUCUUAUUGUUUCCUCGGCUCGAUUUAUGAAGUCACUGAGGGCUGGAAUUCUGGAACCAGAAGUUUUUCAUUUGAAUCCUAAAAAGUCGAAUACCGAAUUAUUUCGCACAAUUACGGGAAUGUUGCCCUCGUGGAUUUCUUGGUAUGGAGCUUAUGCUUUUAAGGCUUUUCCACUGGACAUGUCGCAAUAUGCAAAUCUAUUUAAUUCAACGAGAAUUCCUGAACAAAACAAAGAUCGAAUUUUCUUGGACAAAUCAGCUCGUCAUUUAGUUGUAAUGCGAGGUGGAAAUUUCUAUUCAUUUGAGGUAUUGAAUUCCGAUGGCAGUUUAGUUGCACCAAAAAAAAUAGCUGCCAAUUUAAAUUUUAUUCUUCAAGACAAGAAGCAAAAGUCAGAAAAUCCAGUGGGAGUUUUAACUGGUAGCGAUAGAAAUCGAUGGGCGGAAGCGAGAGCCCAUCUUUUGAAAAUUGGAAAUGACGAUAUUCUGCGAAAGAUCGAUUCAGCUGCGUUUGUUUUAAUUUUAGACGACGAAAAUAUCGGCGAAGAGUACAAAGGACUUUUACAUCAUUUUCUUCAUGGCGAUGGUAAGAAUCGGUGGUUCGACAAAUCAUUUUCUCUCAUCAUUACUAAGGACGGUUUUGCUGGAGUCAAUUUUGAACAUUCUUGGGGUGAUGGAGUGGCGAUCCUCAGAUAUUUCCAAGAUAUUAAAGCUGAUAUUUCUAAGCACUUAUGGUUCCGACCGGAAGACAGAUUAUUAAUUUCAAAUAUAAACCCGGACGUGGAGUCACUAGAGUUUACUUUAGAUGAAGAGGUGAAAAAUGUAAUUCAGUUGGAGGGGAAGAAGUAUAAGGAUUGGGUUGAUUCGCUGAGUGUCGAUUACAUGACAUACGAAGGAUUCGGUAAAGAUGAAGUGAAAAAGUUUGGUGUCAGUCCUGAUGCUAUAAUGCAAUUGGCGUUUCAAUUAGCAUUUUAUAAGCAGGAGGGUAGAACUGUUGCUAGUUAUGAAUCUUGCAGCACUGCCGCUUUUAAACACGGACGCACAGAAACUGUGAGACCUUGCACAGAGCAAACGAAAAAAGUUUGCUCAAUUUUGGCUGAAAAAUCAUCAGAAGUCUCCAACGCAGAGUUGAAGAAGAUGAUUGUUGAUUGUAGCAAGGCGCACACCGAACUUGUCAAGAAUGCUGCUAUGGGUCAGGGUUUCGAUCGACAUCUUUUUGCAUUGAAAAAAAUGCAAGAGGAAUUCGGAGAAAAUAAAUCGGAUCUGUUUGAAGAUUCAGCGUUUUCUGCAAUAAAUUAUAAUAUUUUGUCCACAUCGACAUUAUCAACUCCGAUUUUGUUGGCUGGUGGGUUUGGACCUGUUGUUCCUGACGGUUACGGUAUCGGGUACAUGAUUCAGGAUAAAAGAUUAGGUGCAGUGGUAACAAGUUACACACAACACAGAAAUGCAACUCAAUAUGUUAAGAAUCUUCAAGCAGCUAUUGAAGAUAUUCACAGAGUGAUGAUUUCGCCUUAAAUUUUAAUGAAAGACUUGAUCAUAUUGAUCUAAAGUAUUUUUAAAUAUAUUUUUAAAUGAACAUGCCUUUUAAAGUUUUAUAAAUAAUAUGUCAUAGCCAUAGAAUAUUUUUUGACAAUGGAAGAAGUUUUCUUGUUAUACAAUUUGUUAUAUACUUUUAUAAAUAUAUAUAUUGACGACUUUAUACAAAGUUUUUUAAAGAAUUUGCAAUUAAAUUAUACUGACAC